AUGUGUUCACUGGCCGCAUUGAAGUGUCCACUUUGUGCGCAGACAAAUUUUCCGAAUAUCGACGCGUUGCGUAUCAGUUUAAUUAAAGCGGCCAAUGGGCCACUGGCCUGUCCCAUUUGCCAUGAACUCUUUUUGGGUUUGGACAAGUUGACCAUUCAUCUAUUUAGCCAUACAAGCGUAAUGAUGAGUGCAGCAACAGAGGCGGCAGCAGCGGCGACAGAUACCAGAAGACCAGUGGAAACUGAAAUGACGAAAAAGGCAGCGGUGAAGUCAGAGAUGAAAUUAGAAACGCAAGAUGCAACCAGCUCAUCAUCUGCACGAAUGAAGCGUUCUAAUAAGGAAAAGAAAACUAAAAAAUCGCGACAAGUUGUCGAAGUUGCACCACAAAGAGUGGAAAAUGUAAAUGUCAGUACUGCGUUUAGUCAGCAAGCGGUUGUUGGCACAAAUGAUAAAUCUGAAAAGGGAUCGGCGGCCACCCUCUCCACGUGUGAUAUUUGUGAGUUUACCUUUCGUGAUGAGGAGCUGCGCAACAUGCACUUUCGUCUUGUUCAUCAGAACGUGAGCCACACCAGCAACGAUCACUCAGCCAAUGCCGUCACUUCCACCGAACCCGAUUUCAAAUGUCAUCUUUGUUCGAAGACCUUCAAAAUGAAGGGUUCUCUACGCGUGCAUUUGAAAGUCGUACACCUAAUGUGCUUGCCCUACUCAGGCAACAGUCCCAAACUAAGCAUAUGCGAUCGCAUACGACACAAGGAGUCCAAGGUUGGGACAACUGCCAGCAAAGUUGGUCCACUCAAUGUGCCGCAGUCCACGUCAUUGAAAACGGAUAUUAGCGACGAGCAAAUAUUGCCGCAACCACCAGUACUAACCGCACAGCAGUCAUUGCAACCACAACAACAAAUAACAUUGACCGCAAACUCGCCACAGGUCGCGCCGCAAGUGUCCAAUGGAUUUACGUUCGGUGCACUGACUUUGUUACCCGCGCCAUCGGUAGCGGCUAAUGCAAUGGGCAGUUUGUUGAAUUUGAAUAGUAACGGUGAAUUUGUGCAUGCUGUAGAGGGCGCGCCGCUAAAUUCAAAUGUGCUGUUAGUCAUUAAUACAAACCCGGCAGCCGCGGCCGGCAUAGACGCGGUGACCACGGCGAUUGCUGGUGGCGGCGCAACUGCGGAGCCACAGGGUAAAACUGCAGCGGAAAGCUCCAAAAUGUGGAAGUGUAAUGAAUGCGCGAAAACCUUCACCACAAAAUACUUCUUGAAAAAGCAUAAGCGUCUGCAUACGGUACAUAUUUUAUUUUUUUAG